AUGACGAACGUGCGCCCGCGCGGGGCGGCCCCGUGGCGGGUGGGGCGGGGCGAGGGGUGGGGGGCGGCCGGCGGCCAACGGGCGCGCGCCUCGGCCGUGGGGGCGUGGCUCCCGCCCACGGCGGCGGGCCAGCACGUGUGCGCGCCUCAGUGCGGUGCGCGAGCGUGCGGCGUGCGGAGACCAGGCAGUGCGGCGUGCCGCGAGCGCGACCGAGCGCGUGUGUACGUGCAGGGUGCUGCGGUGAUGGAGCAGAGCGGCUACACGUCGCCGUGGGCCGCGGUGCUGGGCCGCCACCACGCCGCCGCCGUGCCCGUCAUGCAGGACCACCACGGAUACGGCCCGCCCGGCGCCGCGCCCAUCGACCUCCACGUGUCGCAGCCCUUCCCGUACUACAGGUACCAGGAAGAGGCGCUGUGCUGGUCUGACAGGAAACACUCCGUAGACGAUGUGAGCAACCCCACGUCCGUGAACGCUCGGUAAGUCUGUGUCCUAGAGUUGUCAAGAAGCUAACUCAUCCGGCACAAGGUAAGACUACAAAUGAUGCUUAAAAAGAGCUGAGAAAC